GGUGUAUUUCAGGAGCUCGCAGGGCCAUUGGUCUGACUGGGAAUCCAUUCCCAUAAAGAGAAUCUGGGCAUUUUGCUGAGACAUCUCCAGUCACCAUAUAUAUCUAUUUGAUUUUUCUCCCUCUGCGGCUUUGGCAGUGUGUCCUUUUCUUCCACCCAGUGUGUCUAAACCUCCUUCUUCCUCCUCUCAACAGGCUGUGAGCCACAAAACCUGCCAACAUGUCUGAGAAGAAGAUGACUUCCAGCCGCAGGCAUCACUUGAAGAGUGUGAUCCUUCAAGUGGCCCAGAGCAUGCUUGAGCAGGAGAAAGCAGACAUUGAGGCAGCCAAGGAAGCUUACAUGGCAGAGCACUGUCCCACUCCAGAGACAGGUGGAGAUCAGGCCGCUCUCAUGGUGAGAAUCAAGAAAAUCACUAAAAAAAGUAACAACCAAUUCCAACGGCAAGUCCGAAUUCUACUCCUACCCCAACGGCUUCUCCCUUUCCACUUCAUUUAGACAUCCAAAUGGAGA